UCACUUAUUUCUUUCACACACUCCAAAAUUUCUUCAAGGAUUCAUUCAAAGAGUAAUUAAAAUCCAUGGAAACAUCUCAUCCACUUUUAGUUGAAAGUUUUUCAUAUAGUUGGUUAGUAAACCUUGAACCAUCUUCACUAGAAGAAAGCCUUGAUGAUGAUGAUGAAGGUUCUUCCUUCAUUGAAAUGGAUCCAAGAAUGCCACCUUCUAGAAGAUUUUUCAUAAACUCACAAGAUUUAAAAUUUGAUUUUCCAACUUCACAACAUUCCCCCCUCACAACUCUUGUUGAUGCAGAUCAACUCUUUUCAAAUGGUUACUUAAUACCCCUUUUUGUUGAAUCAUUGAAUAUUGAACCAUAUGAAUAUGAUUCAUUUAAUUCAAAUUCAAAUUCAAAUUCAACUUUACCUUGUUCAUCCUCACAUGUUCCAAAAAAAUUGGUUCCUAUAGAAAACCCUAGAACUCCUUCAUUGAAAAGGUGUAGAACAUUAUCGAGGAAAAUGUUUCAAAAGUAUUUGAAUUUUUUAAGCCCUUUGUGUAGAAGAUUGAGGGGUCAAAAUUCAGGAACAAAGCAUGAAAAUGUUGUGAAAAGAACUCAAUCAGUUAAGAAUAUAAGAAGAAAUUAUUGUGAAUCAUCUCCAAGAAUGAGUACUGCUUAUUCUUGUGAUUCUGAUAGCUCAAUUUAUGAAGCCGUUCUUCAUUGCAAAAGAUCAAUUGAAAGAAUGAAUUAAGCAUGCUAAAGUGCACAUCAAGGUUUUGAAAAAGGUUUGCAAACACCAUUUAGGCCGUGACAUCAAGCAUUUUGAUGUCACUGCUACCGCGCAAUAUGAACACAAUUGAGGUUGUAUCGGUCACAUUUAAAUGCAAAUUUUCGCCGAUGUCAAAGAUUGUGCGAUUGAAAUUUAUAAUCUUAGUGCAGAUAAAAGAAAAUGAAGGAGAUACACACAGGGCAAUUUAUGAUGUGUCUAACACAUCCUAUCCUCUGCUGGAAUAACAAUGCUGUAUGUGUAUCUAUAGGAAAUAAGUAUAUACAAUAAAUGAGAAUCAGCAUUCCAAUAUCGUUAAAGUUGUUCAACUGAUUUUGGGAUU